AUGCUGCCCUGCCUCACCCUGGUCUUCCUGAUGGUGCUGCCUGUGUGCAUCAUGGCAAAAGACAGUGGACAGAAACUGAUACUCAACACAGAAGCAGAGCCCUUGAUAACCGUGACUCUAGAGGGAGGUGCUGGUCCUAGCAUUCAACUCCAGCUGCAGAAGGCAAAGAGAAGCAAGAACAGACAGUUCUUUGGGCUCAUGGGAAAGAGAGUGAAAGGAAUACCCUCGAUCCAGCCAGAGGGAAGAACAGAGGGUAUUGGGGACUGUGGAAUUCCACUCCCCUUUUACAGAAAGGACGACAGGAUGGGCUUUGUACCUGCUAUGGAGACACUUAUGACUGAAUAA